AUGGUGGCUUCCCGUGGCGGUUGCAGUGGUCGUGGUUAUGGCGAUUAUAGCAGAGUUGCUAGUUGCGGUGGUCGCGUUUUUGGCGAUCAUGGUUCUUUCUCACCCUCAUGCUCUGAAUUUUUCUUAGGUCGUAGUUUUUCUGGCACACCUAACAGGUCCACAUCAGCAGCAUCUUGGCAAUACUUUUGGGCCUGGUCCUAUUGGGCCACCGCCAUUUGGCUUUACUCCUUCUCUUUUGGGCCUCCUUCUACUCGUGGGCCUAUUCAAUGUUUCAAUUGUCAUGGUUUUGGCCACAUUGCUACUGUCUGUCCCUCCAAGGCUUCUUCGGUGCCUUUGCUCAACAUCCUUCGCAUAGUGGCCAUCAACAAUGGGUUGUUAAUACCAGUGCUAACACUCAUAUUACCAACGACUUGA